AUGACAAAAGAAAUAGAAGAAAAUCCUGAAGUGACGGGUGUUUUGGAGCCCAGCACCAAUGAUGAAACGGAAAAAGAAGUGAAGCAAAUUGAAGAAGAUGAAGAGCGGGAGAACGCAGAAGUCGGUUUCUGUUCAUAUGGCAGUAAGCAGCAUCUGUUUCGGCUCAAACCUCUUGGGAAUGUGGUGAAAAGCAACCUGGAUUUCCAACAUACUGCAUGUACUAGUGGAUCACAAAUGACGGCAGUUUCGGGCACUAGUACCAUGUUUGGGAGGGCAGUAGUUCCCGAAACCGCUAUCGUCAUGGAAAAGUGCUAG